AAGACCACCAGAGGGCGAUGAGGGGCGACCGAAACUAACCCCGCCCAAAGAACUUGAGAAUUCCCCAACCCUAGCGCAGCAGGGCGUCGGGGGCGGAGACAGAUUUCCUCGCCGGGAGAAAACGAGGUACCCGGAUGCAAAAAAAAAAAAAAAAAGAGCAGCGGACAGGCGACGAAUAGGCGGGUCUUAAAGGAAUGAGGCGAGAGUAGGUAUCACGUGAUGUAGACAAGUGGGCGGGAGGGACACACGCCCCUCUCUCUCUGGUCUCCCAGGCGACGGAGGCACUUCGACCGCCUCACGUGAUGCGGUGCUAUCCGCCAAUGGGGGAGCGCAGCGGAGAAUUUCGAACGAGGCUCCGGAAGCCGCCGAGUAAACGGAACCAACGGACCCGGCCGCAGCCGGAGCCGGCGCCGCUGGCGGGGGACGCCGGAGCUCGGAGAAGAUGUCGAAGGAAAAAUGCCUUAAAAGAUCCAUUCAGGAUAGUCUGGAAGAUAUAAAGGAACGGAUGAAAGAGAAAAGAAAUAAGCGAUUGGCACAAAUUGGCAAACCGAAACCCAUAUUGUCUGCAAAGUGCAAGAUUCUCACCAACCCAUCUACACAGUUGAAAAGUUACCAGGAAAACAACAGAGCUCUAGCUUUAGCUCUAGAAAAUGAAAGAUCCAAAGUGAGGGAUGCCCAUGACACCAUCCUACAUUUGAAGAAAGAAUGCCAGUACUUAAACCUUCAGCUAUUUGUAGUAAGAAGACAGCUGACUAAGCAAGCAGAAGAUUCUUCUCAGAACCAAAGAAUAUGUACCUCAGAAACAGAGGAAUGCUACAAUGAAGAUAUCUCCAGUGACUCAGCAGUAAAUCAUUCACCGCAACUUCCAAGAUCUGUACCUGUUCUGGAUGCUGACCUUCCAGGAAAAACCGAAUCAUUUCAAAUAGAAGGAGAAAGCUCUCCUGUUUGUCAAGACAUACUGGGGCUUAAUAUUGAGACUUCUUCUCCAAAUGAAGAGGAGAAGCCACCAAACAGUGUCUUACCAAGAAGUGUGUCUGUUCGGCGCUGCAGUGUACGGAAAACACACACUGACAUAUGUCACCUUGAAACCUUAGACCGUUUAGAAAUUGAUAAUAUGGCAGAGGAAUUUUGCAAACUGGACAGCCUUGGAUCUGAGGAAAAUCCAGUAAACAAUUUUGUCACUGAUAAGCUAGACCAAAAUAUCUGUCAGUGGAACAAGAACCAAAUUAAUUUAUCCCCAGCACUCCUUGAGCCAGAUGCUCUUACUGAAACAGAAUGUGUGGUGAUGGAACCUGAAGUGAAACAAACUGAAAUGAAAAAUAAAAAUGCACAAAGAGGAAAAAGAGAACAGAAAGGAAAAUCUGGUGGGAUGCAGAAAUCCAAGUGUGCAUCAAAGGGCAGAAAGAGCAGAAGUGUAGGUAAUAAAACUCUUUCCAAGGAAAAAGUAGAUGAGUCUAUUGACUCCAGCGAUGCCUACAAUUUUAAUUUUGAAGAACGUGUUCACAUCACUCCUUUCCGUCAAAAGAAAGUGAAUGAUGAUUGUGAGCAAGAAGAAAUCAGCAUUCAGUCUGAAAUGAACAGCUCUGAAUCAAGUAUUUCAGAACGAGAUUCUGGUGAACUCUAUGUACCUUUUAAACAAAAAUCCAAAUACAUGCAAAAUCUGGACUCUUUUUUAAGUCCAGUCCAAAUGAGACCCCGGGCCAAAAGGGGGCUCUUAGAGCAGAAGAAAUGUAUGGCUGAAACCAACCCUGAGAGCUCUGUGCGAGCGGACACCAGCCACUGCAUCAGUUCACCUACUGAAACUCAACAGUCAUUUCAUCUCAGCUUGAAGGAUGUCACCAAUAUCCAUCAGACUUCUGGUGCAAAAAGCAGAAAACAUUCCAUGCCAUUCAGCAAGAGUGAAGAAAGUUCCGCUUUGCCCCUGCGUAAGCGCAGGUGUACCCUCAGUGUCAAUUAUAAGGAACCUGCACUUGCCACAAAACUGAGAAGAGGAGACCCAUUUACAGAUGUAUGUUUUUUGAAUUCUCCAAUUUUCAAGCAGAAAAAGGACUCUAAACAACGCAGAUCUUCAAAGAAGCAUUCUUUGUCCAAAUACGAUGAAGCUUUUGUUGGAUGUCGUUGAAAUCCAUCUUAUACUCUCUUGCUUGAAAAGAAUUGAUGGUGUUAUUGGGCCAAGAGUAGGCAGAAGCAUUGAUGUGAAAAGUUCUGUUUUUAUAGCACUAUUGUGCUUUAAAAACAUAUCUUCAAACAUUUGAUAUUAGUUUUUUUUUUUUUUUUUGGUUUCCUAUUGUAGAUGAAUAACUUGUCUUACCCUCUUUAAAAGCUUAAAUGUAUUAUACUACGUAAAGCCCCUAGUUUUAAUGAAAAUUAUAUUUCCUAUAGUAAUUGUAGAGAAAAUUGUGAUGGUUAAUUAGACAAACUAAAAUCUUUAAAUUAUCAAACUUCACACAUCUCUGUUCUCCCUAAAUAUGGGGGAUCAUAACUGUGAAAUGUCUUAAAAGACAAGUAAAGAAUCAUUCAAAAUUAAUUAUUCAUUUUCAUUAUCUGCGAACAAUAAAAUUUCUGGCCACUUUGUAUGAUUCAGUUUGACUUUUUGUAGCCUUGUAUAUAUUUUCUUAAAUUUAAGAAAUCUGUUAUACCAGAAAUAAUAAAAGUUUUGUAAGCUAA